CAUAGAAAAGCACCUUCGCAGAGCAGCAUCUUCUGAAGAGCAAUCAUUCCUAAACAAGUCAUAAUUAGAUCAACCUAACAGUAAAUCAAGCUUUGAAGAGCUGCAGCUGUAGAACAAUUAUAUAUUAGUUGUUUGGAUGGUGUUUACCUUAGAGAUGUUUAAGGCUAAGAGGAAAUGACAAAAGUUUCAACAGGUUGACCGUUCACAUUAUUUUCGGCAUUGACAUAAAUGGAUUUUGGCUAAAUAUCUUUCUGUUCUUAUACCGUUGAAAAUACAAAAUUUAAGGUCUGGAAAAUUACAAUAAUUUACAAAUAAUACUCAAUCAAUUCCCAAAGACAGUACGUAUAACACUGUAGCGAUGUUAGUGGUAUGAAUAUGGUACGGAAUAUGGUACGGUGUGGGCUAAUUUUAGUUCAAACACUGUUGAUUGUUCUUCUAUGUUUCUCUUAUAUAGGUUUGAUACAAGAAGGUCAUUUGCAGAUUGAACACAGCGAUUUCAAUAGAUGAGCUAUUUGGAUCAUUUUAUCUCAAAACUUUAGUUUCCUAUAAUAUCCCGUGUUCGGUCUAAUUGGCUGACUAAAAAUGUUAUACGAUAAAGUACAAUGUAAAAUGAAACUCAUCAGCUCUACACUUUCCUGACAUUUUAUUUAAGUUAUUUACACGUGUAUGCGAAUUCAUUCAUUUAACAAAUGCAUACACAAAUAAAUCACUUCAAUACUAAAUAUCUCUUUCUACGCCCCUGAGCAGAGCUACGGUAAAAAAUAAAGAACUUAUCAAUGUGUAAGUAGGCAAUUACAUCAUAUGAUCAACGUUAUGAUAUAUAAACUGUAGAUGCUGAAAAUAUUGACUAUGUGCAGCUGAAGGCACUCUCAUGAAAAGAUUCUAACAACUAUGCACACAGUUUUGGCUAAUAUGGAUAUUAUACGAAUGAAAUCAGUGUUAGUAUGCGUUACUUGCAUAGUCCUCAUGCCAGGACAUGCCUGUGAAUUGGAUUCUGAUGUCGUAUUUAAAAUAUUUGAUAAACUGGACGAGGUUAUGAAGGAACAAAGAGACCUAAGGCAUAGUUUAGAUGUGGCAGUUAGCAAUAUGAGACAUCAGACUAACAGGAUGACGAAUGUAGACGAAAUCACUAACAAGAUGGAAAAUCAAGCGGACAAAGUUGCUGCGUUAGAAGAAUCCAUCAACAAGAUAAAUAAAUACGCUGACAGAAUAACGAAUUUAGAUGAAACCACCAGCAAGAUUGAAAUGCAAGCGAACAAAAUCUCCAGUUUAGAAGAAGCUACUAACAAGAUGAAAAAGCAGGCUGACAGAAUAACACAAUUAGAAGAAAUUGUCAAUAACAUCGAAAACAAGCCUAAUGGAGUAACAAGUGUUGAAAAUGAAGUGCAAAAACUGAACAACCGGGUAGCAAAACUAGAAAAUAGUACCUUGAACAAUGAAAAAGCUAUCUUAGAUGUGACACGUCUUGUAACGGAAAAUGACAUGAAAGCUGUUGCUAAGAUAUCAGAGUCAUCUAUAAAUGCUAUAAAACACGACGUAUUGAGGCAGUCUGUUGCGGUUCGAAAAAUGGCAUCCGCAGAGAAGAUGUUAUUACGCGGAAAACAGAAGUCUCUCGACGAAAAAUUCUUAAAUUUCACAAAUGAGGUGAAAUUGCAAAUAUCAACAAUGAAUGUUUCAGUAGAAUCGCAAAUUUCCUCAUUUGAAACAAAAAUAGUGAGCAUUGAAAGAAGUCAAGAAACGCUUCAACAGACAGCAAAGAAGGAACUAGACCAUCACACGAAAACGUUAAAUAAAGCUAAUGAGAAUAUUCAGCAGCUGACAACAAGAAAUCGGAAUAUCGAAACAAGACUAGAAACACUACGAGAGAAAACAGAUAAGGUAUCGGACAACCAUAAAGUAAUUUUGACUAAAGUAAAUGGUGAUAUUCAGGGACUGCAAACAAGAAUAGCUAAAGUUGAAGAAAGUCAAGAAACUCUACGAGAGAAAACAGAUAAGGAAUCGGACAACCACAAAACAAUUUUGACUAAAGCAAAUGGUGAUAUUCAGGGACUGCAAACAAGAAUAGCUAAAGUUGAAGGAAAUCAAGAAACUCUACGAGAGAAAACAGAUAAGGAAUCGGACAACUACAAAACAAUUUUGACUAAAGCAAAUGGUGAUAUUCAGGGACUGCAAAAAAGAAUAGCUAAAGUUGAAGAAAAUCAAGAAACUCUACGAGAGAAAACAGAUAAGGAAUCGGACAACCACAAAACAAUUUUGACUAAAGCAAAUGGUGAUAUUCAGGGACUGCAAACAAGAAUAGGUAAAGUUGAAGAAAAUCAAGGAUUGCAGCAAAAACCGAUUGCCUUCCUUGCGGAGAUAACAAAUAGCAUUUCUGGAUCCAGUUUCCGCGUCUACUUCCAGAAUGUCAAGCUUAAUCUCGGGAACUCUUACAUUCCACAUCAUGGGCUAUUUAUAGCUCCAGUAAACGGUACAUAUUUGUUUUCCGUAUCAGCUUGUUCUAAGGCGGGCAGAUAUAUUACAUUGUCCAUUGUUGCCAAGAAUAGCGCUGCUGGCCACCUUUUAGCCGGGUGCUCUUCCAUUACAGACUGCAAUUCCAAAGAUUUUCUUUUGUGGCUUCAAGCUGGUGACGACGUUUACAUUCGACACAGUGGUGAAGGCGAUUAUCUCUUCGCUAACUCGAAGUAUGGUUAUCCAACCUUUUCGGGAGUACUUGUACAUGCGGAUUAAAUUCACGCAAUAUCUACAUAACUCUAACAACAGUCUAUGAUCAUGACAAUAGUGCACUUUUCCUAGGAUCGACAUGAAGCUUGUAUGAAGUAAUGACGUCACGGUGUUUUAUUUGAGAAGCAUUAUUCGUUAUCCAUAGAAAUUCAUAUUAUUGUCACUAUGAUAAAUAGAUGUAACCAGAUUAUCUAGUAUUGUUGAAUAAAGGGUAUUUUUUUUCCAAAUUUUCUUAUUUUUGCAUUUGAUGACGUAAAGAUAUGAGAAAAUUGUAUCUCCUUAGGAUUUGUUUCGUCAUCCAUUUCUUUAGCUUUAACACAAUUGUGAAUUUACGUCCAAAUGUUCAAGCUCGAAAUAUGCUGAAAAUUUGAAUUUAACAAUAGUAUGAAAGAACAUUUUUUUUAUUGCUGAAUCUGUGUAUUUUCAAUGUAGAUUCUUUAUUUACGGAAAACAAAUAAUGUAUAGAAUGUAAUUCUAUUUUUAUUUCUUUUAUUUUAAUUCUCGGUAAUUUAUAAUUUUGCAUCGGUAAUUUAUAACAGUAAUCCUAUCAAGCCAAAAUAAAAUUAGCAUACUGGAGCGUGUGCGUAGAACGUACA